AUGGCUGAGCCGACGAUGAAAAAGGCUCGCGUCGAGUACACCCACACACGCGAGGACUUUCUCAAGGUCUACGAAGUCCUGCGCGAUGAGCUGCUAAACGACGAGUGCUUGUCACCUGCCAAUGACAGUGCCCAGGCGAAGGCCGCGCAGGAGUGGUUCAAAGAGGUCAACGACUACAACGUGCCCGGUGGCAAGCUCAAUCGCGGCAUGGCGGUGUACGACGUGCUGUCAUCCAUCAAGGGAGUCGAGGAGCUUACCGAGGAGGAUAUCUUCAAGGCCAAUGCGCUGGGCUGGUGCAUUGAGUGGCUGCAAGCCUUCUUCCUGGUGGCGGAUGACAUCAUGGACGGCUCCAUCACCCGGCGGGGCCAACCCUGCUGGUACAAGGUGCCUAAGGUUGGCAUGAUCGCCUGCAACGACUACAUUUUGUUGGACUGCUGCAUCUACCGUAUCCUGAAGAAGCACUUCCGGAGCCACUCCGCAUACGCCCAGCUGGUGGACCUGUUCCAUGAGGUCACCUUCCAAACCAGCCACGGCCAGCUGCUCGACCUGACCACCGCCCCCAUCGGCAGUGUUGACCUGGCCAAGUACACGCAGGACAACUACCUGCGGAUCGUGACGUACAAGACCGCCUACUACUCCUUCUACCUGCCGGUGGCGUGUGGGAUGGUGCUGGCGGGGAUUCAGAUCCAGGACGACUACCUCGACUGUUGCGGGGAUCCGGAGGUGAUUGGUAAGAUUGGUACGGACAUUGAGGACAACAAGUGCUCCUGGCUGGUGUGUACGGCACUGCAGGUAGCGUCGGACGAGCAAAAAGAGGUCAUCAAGGCCCACUACGGCCGCAAGGAGGCCGACAGUGUGGCCGCCAUCAAGGCCCUGUACGGGGAGCUGGGGAUGGAGCAGCGCUUCCGGGACUACGAGGCAGCGUCGUACGCCAAAUUGGAUGCCAUCAUUUCGGAGCAAACCCUGUUGCCCAAAGAGGUGUUCUCCUCGUUGCUGGCCAAGAUCUACAAGCGCAAAAAGUAG